CAGAUUUCCAUCACCCAUCUCAACGAACCAAGCAUCACAAAGAACGCGCACAAACUUGAUUAGAUUGCUGUGUCGUCGUCUCCGAUCAUCAUCACCAACAAGCACCCAGCACUUCUGUUCUAGCUAAUUCAGCCGGCAUCCACACCGUCCAAAUGGCGCACCACUUCCUGGGCAAGCACCACAACAAGGCCGGCGGCGGCGGCGGCGAGGCGCCCAAGGUCACCGACUGGCGCAAGGAGGAGAAGCACCACAAGCACAUGGAGCAGCUCGCCCAGCUGGGCGCCGUCGCAGCGGGAGCGUACGCCAUGCACGAGAAGCACAAGGCCAAGAAGGACCCCGACCACGGGCACUCCCACAAGAUCAAGGAAGGUGUCGCCGCCGCCGUCGCCGUCGGCAGCGCCGGCUUUGCCUUCCACGAGCACCACGAGAAGAAGGACGCCAAGAAGCACCGCCGCAACGGGCACCACCAUUAGUGUAGCAUAUACUAUAGUAUAGCACAAUAAAUUGGACGUCGAUCGUUCUACUACUGUAUGUGUGUCCUGUACCGCUUAUUCACAUUUCAUUGAGUACAUUGAUUUAUUAUUUGUUCAUGUUA